UGACGACAUAUAUCGUUGGACAUUUCCUGCAAUAUGUUUUCUUCUUUUUUAUUUUUAUACGUUUAAUUGUUUAAAUCACAACGAUAUAUGUGAAUACAACACAUAAUCAACCCGAUCCACGUGGCUAAUUCAAUCAAAUAAUUUGAAUAUUUCUUUAAGUGAUUCCGCUACAUCAAUCUGUAACAUUAUGACCAGAUCUCGCAUCUGUCCAAUUAAAUUUCAUGUCGCAAUUGUGUACCAAAUGCUUUCUACAGGGAGCGCAGCAGGGCGGCCUAACUGGGUGACUGAACUUGUUUCUUUUGCUGGUGUGUCUUCGACGACACCUUUACAUGAUCAAAGAUGGACCUUGUGCUGAACAUUGCAGAUUAUUAUUUCUUCAGUCCAUAUGUGUACCCCUCAUCAUGGCCUGAGGCCCAGCCUCUGCGACAGAUCAUCAGCUUGAUGGUGGUCACCAACCUGGGUGCUGCAGUCCUGUACCUAGGCCUGGGUGCUUUAAGCUACUUUUUUAUUUUUGACCACAAAUUGAAGCAACACCCUCAAUUUUUGGAGAACCAGGUGCAUCAAGAAAUAAAGUAUGCAUUGUGGUCUUUGCCCUGGAUCAGCAUACCUACAAAUGCAUUGUUUUUUGCAGAGGUUAGAGGCUACAGCAAACUCUACGACAGUGUCGACGAAUCACCACUUGGUUGGUCAGGGCUGAUUUUCAGCAUGGUGUCUUUCCUGUUUUUCACUGACAUGUGCAUUUACUGGAUUCACAGAUUCCUUCAUCACAAGUUGAUAUAUAAGUAUUUUCACAAACCGCACCACAUUUGGAAGAUACCAUCUCCAUUUGCCAGCCACUCUUUCCACCCUGUGGAUGGAUUUCUUCAGGGUCUCCCCUACCACAUCUACCCCUUCCUCUUCCCUUUGCACAAGGUGCUGUAUUUAGCCCUGUACGUGUUUGUCAACAUAUGGACCAUCUCCAUCCAUGAUGGGGACUACCGUGUCCCCAGCCUGCUGGAGAAAGUCAUUAAUGGUUCAGCUCACCAUACAGACCACCACCUCUUCUUUGACUACAACUAUGGCCAGUACUUCACCUUGUGGGACCGCCUUGGAGGCUCUUACCGGCACCCUUCUGCGCUGAUGGGAAAGGGGCCGCAUGACUACAUCAAGAAAUUAAUGACAGAAGGAAAGCUGAAUUCAAAUGGCAUAAAUGAGCACAACAAUAUUAAAAAUGGCACUCAUGAAAAAAAAAAAGUGUAGGUAGGUAUGCACUCAAAAACAUCAUGAAUAUGUUGCAAGGUAAGAGUUCUACCCUGAAAAUAUGUCCUUAUUCAUUAAAGGCUUUAAAAAUUCUUCAGAAAUAAUCAUAAUAAUCAGUUAUGCUACUGGUGCCAAAUAGAAACAUGCACAAAAUGUGUCUUAUCAAUCCCAAACAGAAACAUUCGCUAUGGCUACCCAGUUGAUUCUCUUUGCUUGUGUGUGACUUAAUAUGAAUUACUCAAAUUAGUAUUUACCAGGCUUCUGUCAAGUAAGCGUCUAUAAUUGCAUUUUAAUUGAUGAAUAUUUUCAACAUUGACAGAACUAUCCCUUGCCUUCACAUGACCCCAGCUCACCUUUUUUACAGCAAUGCGCUGUCUUUAAAGUAAAUAAGACUCUAGCUCAGUUUAUCUAUUAACUGAUCAAUGUUCAAUGAUUAGUAGCCACAUACUGAAUUGUGAAGAGUUUUACUGAUUAACAGUUAUCUUGUUUUAAAGGGAAGCUGUAGUCUGUGGUAUGCUUUUGAUAUGAAAUGCACAUUCUUUCCAAGUAAAAUGAUAUACUGUAUAUUUAAUUGAUGUUGCAGUAUUGUAGUUGUUGCAUCUCUCAAAUUCAUUGACAGUGGACUUCCAUAAUCACUAACUGGCAAUGUUGUUAAAAUAUACAUUUCUUAAAUGCUGUAAUGGUUGUUAUGUUGCACAUCAAAAUAUAAGUUCAAGUACACAUAUUAACACAUACUAAAUACACAUAUUCUUCUCACUGAUGGACACCUCAGCUGGGGAGAAGAAAGCUAUAUUGCUUAAGUUACACAAUUAAUAUUGUGGAGUUUGGUACACAAGUUUGAUUGUCAUUUGUAGCUUAGCAACAAAGUACACCCUUUGACACACAGUAGAUGGUGCUGUUGAAUCAAACAUAAUUUGGUCAUUUAUGCUGGGAAAUGAAGAUAUACAGAAAAAAUAAAUAAAUAAUUAAACGUG